UGCUCCAUCAGAUUCAAUUAACACAUAUACAUAUUAUUUUUACCAUUUUCCCAUUCCAAGAAAACACAUACAGUAUUUUGAAUUGUCUUUGAAUCUUAAUUCUCAAUUCUUUUAAUCUUAACAGACAUCAUGUUAUCCUGAAAUAAUGAAUAAUUUUUGAAAACAUGCAAAUUAUGCAAAAGUAUGAACUGGUUGAGAAUGAUCCUAAAGUUAAUUAAUGUUAAACCACGCCAACUAUAACCACUCCAACUUUCUGGUGGCCCGAGGAUAUUGUUUUCAAUUUGACAUUUUAAUUGGCAGGUGUCCUAAAGUUAUGUCUGGAGCUGGUCUCCUCUUGUUGCCUUGGAACGCCAGACUUUGUAUGUUAUAAUACAAUACAGGUAGCUCAGUGACCUGCGUUCCGGCUGUAGUGACUCAUGUCAGUAAGAACUAAGUAGCGGAGCUUUGCAGUAUACCCUGCUGUGAUCUGAGAUGCACCUUUAUUUGGCACUAUAUUUAGAAACACAAAUUCAGACAAAAGAAGGAUAAUAACCCCUAUUUUACUGUUUUGGCCCCUACGUUUACCCACAAAGCUCUAAGACGGUACGUAUCUCCAAGUCUAAGAGCUACCUUAGUAUCUCCAAGUCCUAUACGUGUCUGUGUUCGGGUCGUGUGUGUAUCUUGUGAUACGGGCCUGUGUGUAAUUUUAAACUAGUGUGCUGUGUGUGACUGUGUUUUAAUAAAGACAACAGAGGCUCUCUGGUCAUAGCUGACUGCUUCGUGGUAAGGGAGGAGAUACUAAACACUAUGCUUUGUGCAACCAAGUGCCUUCAUUACCUUUAUUGCUCAUCAGCCUUGACCUGUUCCUCCUCGUCACGUGGCUCCGGUAUCCGACUGCUUCUCAGGUGUCCUUCCUCUGACGGAGCCACACACACCGGGAGAUCAGAAUCGACACCCAUUGCCCACAGGCCACCCAGAGAGACUGGCAAAGAUGGUGCUGCACCAGGCCAUCCUGGCGUCCCGCGAAGGGAACCUCUCCACCCUGAAGGAGCUGUGCGCCGCCGGCCGCCUGACCCCCGACAUCGCCGACCCCCUGGGAGCCUCCCCCGUGCACCAUGCCGCCCGCUGCGGCCAGCUGGACUGCCUGCGGUUCCUGGUCAGAGAGGCGCAUCUCCCCGGCAACACGAGAGCGGGCAACGGGGCCACCCCUGCCCAUGAUGCCGCGGCCACUGGGCACACUCAGGAGCUGCAGUGGCUGGUCAGCAAUGGAGGCUGCAACUUGGAGGACUGGGACAGUGCAGGGGCCACCGCCCUACACCUGGCGGCACGGUUUGGCCGAGUGGAGCUGGUCCAGUGGCUGGUCUCGGCAGGAGGAAGGGCAGACGUGGAGACCAACUGUGGGGCACUGCCAGCCCACUAUGCUGCUGCCAAGGGGGACCUGACCUGUCUGAAGCUGCUGCUCAGUCAGGCACCAGGAUGCGUCAAUCACCAGACGAGGAAUGGCGCCACCCUUCUCUACUUGGCCUGCCAAGAGGGGCACCUGCACGUAGUGGAGUUCCUGGUGAAGGACUGUGGUGCCAGUGUCCACCUGAGGGCUCAUGAUGGCAUGACGGUUCUGCACGCCGCGGCACACAUGGGACACCACGCCCUGGUCGUUUGGCUGGCUUCCUUCACAGACAUGAGCCUCUCUGCUCAGGACAACGAGGGGGCCACUGCACUGCACUUUGCAGCCAGUGGGGGGCACCACCGCAUCCUGGAACGGCUGUUGCGCAUGGGAGCAGAAGUCAUUAAGGACUACUGGGGUGGGACCCCUCUACAUGAUGCAGCUGAGAAUGGGGAGCUGGAGUGCUGUCGAAUCCUGCUGAUGAACCAGGUGAGUCCUGCAACGCAGGACAGAGACGGGUACACUGCGGCCGACCUGGCAGAGUACAACGGGCACUAUAACUGUGCCAACUACCUGAGGGUCGUGGAGGAAUGUCCCUCUACAGCAGACAGCUCCCUGCCUGCCAUCAGCACUAACGAGGCAGAGAAGAGAGGAAAACCAGCAGUAUCCUGGCAGCCCAGCAGUGCAGACUACUACCGGCGCCUGAACGACCGGCGCAGAGAUUCCUGCAGCAGCACAGGAAUGGAGAAUGGGAAGCACUGCCCUCCCCCUCCCCCAGCUCCUCCAUUACCGCCAGCCCAGACCUCAGAAACCAACACAGCUGGAGCUCAGUGGCAGACUGCAGGCAGUGCACAGCAGGCCUCUUCUGGAGUAAAGUCUUUCAACAUGGCAAAGCCCAGCCUGAAGAACUGUGACCUGUUUGCUGAAAUGAAGACUAUUAAGACAUUGAAACAGGCUGGGAUAACUGCAGUGCUUACUGGACAAAUGAAAUCUGAAACCAAGCAGAAUGGGAUGGUGGCAUUGCCCACAGAGGAGGUGUCUCUGGCUGACAUUGACUCACUGGUGCCCACCCAUGACGAGAAGGGGAGGUCCAUUGCGGAGUGGAAACGCCAGGUGAUGGUUCGCAAACUGCAGGCACGGUGGCAGGAUGAGGAAGAUCAGAGGAGGAAGGAAAAUGGAAGCAAAUACAUUCAGAUGGAUGGCUGGAGGUACUCUCAAGCUCACAAUGCAAUACUAGGCCCAUUUGGUGAGCUGCUGACGGAAGACGAUCUCAUAUAUCUGGAGAAGCAGAUCGAGAAUUUACAGAUGAAGAAAAAGUGUCAAGCCUAUGAGUCUGAGCUGGGACGCUUAGCCGAAGAGCUCAGAACCAUUCUGCCAGCCCCCAUCGUCAACAUCACAGUUAACACACAGUUCAUGCAUCAGAAUGCAGGGAAUGAAGGCCAAGUGCCUCUACCAGUGUGGUGCAACCGAAUAUCAGGCAUUGUAAAGAGCAUGUCUCUCCUCCUCACAAACAUCAAUGAGAAGGAACGGGGUGAUUCUGUGGCUACUUCCAAGAUGCCCAACACUGAUCUUGCGACUGUCUUCUCCCAGAAGCCAGAAAGACAGAAUUCAACCAGAGGAAUGAGAGAUAAGGUUGAGAAGGAGAUUCAGCAGUUUGGAGUGUCAGUCCGCAACCUGAGGUCAAACUUUGAGAGGCAAAGCCCAACUAAGGAGAAUCCAAGCCCUUACUUUGAAGACAAUGAAGGAGACUCUGUGGACAGCAGGCAGGAUAGCCUCUUGAGUGAACGGACAGCUUUGGAAGAGGGGGUCCCUGUCUCUGCCUAUAGUGACCAACCUGCAGAUCAAAUCAGUGAUUCAGGCAUUGGUUCAGAAGAAUUAACUGUUGGGGCAAACGUUUCUCCACUCCAGGAAUCAACAAGCCUGCGUAAAGAACGUAUCGUGGUCUUAUUCUUGGGUCACUGGAAAAAGUCGGCCUACACUAUGUCUUUGAAAAUUAGGGACCUUCAGAGAAAACAGAGUCUGGCAGAGCAGGGAGCAACGGAGCCAACUGAUCAGAAAAGCACAGGUGAAGCACCGAAGGAAUCUCCUUCCAAGAAGUCAAUGGAGAAUGGCAACCUGGGCCAUUUCUUCAAGCAGAGAAGCGCCAUUAACAAAAUGAUCGGCAACUGGAGAAAUAUCAUCUCUCGUGUCCCUUCACGUCAGAUAAGGCGUCUGCAUCGCCAGCAAGUGACAUACUCCCCUGAGCAGUUCCUGCCUCGGGUGAAUGGGGCACCCAUUGAUUACAACAGCCUGACCCUUGACCUCUUCAUGCUCGGCUACUUCCACAUCCUUGAACAGGAUCUGCCCGCUGACGAGAGGAAAAUGAGGCACCUGCUCUGCUUCGAGGUCUUCGACCAUUUGGGGAAAUUUACAUGGGAGACUGUUCGGGAAUUCCACAAGGCUGUCAUCAAGGACAUUGAGGCUGGCAACAGGGAGUGGAAGGACGGCUUUGAAGACAUUAAAGCUGAAUUCUUCGGGAACUCUCAAAGCCAGCCUGCAGCCAUGUCUGACUCUGGGAAGCAGCCCAUGGCAGCAGUGAGACCCGUGCCCAAAGUCAUUGUUCAGACUGCCACACCAGAUGAAGAAGAGGACUUGGUGAGGAAGGGUGGCACAGAUAUAUCCAGCUUCAGCAACGAUGAUAUUUGCAAAUACAUUGACCGUAGUUUUGCUUUCUGGAAAGAGAAAGAGGCUGAGAUUUUUGAUUUUGAGGAAUAGUUGCCUGGAGACUGUGAUAUUUUUUAUAUUUUUAUAUAUAUAUUACUUAUCAGUUUGAAGGUCUGUAUGUGCCUUUUCUGCCUUUUGAGCCUUGCUGUGGAGGACUGUGUAAAAAGUAAGACAAAGAGUUUGAAAACAUGUUCCUUAUUAGUGUGUGUGGCUUUGCAUUAUCUUUUCAGAGAACAUUUGAGGGCAGUGGAUGCACUGAUACACUUUUCUAAUAAAACAGUUUCAACAGUAUUUAUCUAAUAUCACUUUCUGUUUCCAUUCUGGAAUCAUAGGUCAGUUUAAUAUAUAUUAUGUUGAAUGUACCUGAUGUAUAAAAACCAUAUCGGAUUUAUUUCUAAAACAAUUUCAGUACAAAUUCCUGUUAGUGCUUUACCAAUACUAAAUAUGACUCAUUAAAAUAAAUUGUAAAACCAUUGGGAAAGGUUAGGAAAACAAAUUUAAUGCAUGGAGAAAAUACUGUAAAGGAAAUGUAAUUGCCUUUUGCGUAAUGAUGCUAAUUUGUUGCAAUAAACUUUUUUAUAA